UUUAAACCAAUCUAUUUAUUACUGCAAAAAGCUACAAUUUCAUGUGCAAAUCAAGCAAACAAGCAAGAAAUAUAAUUUAAUUUUCUUUCAAUUUUUGCCAUUUUUUUUUCCUUUUUGUUCAUAAUAUAAAAUCUCAAAAAACAUGCGCUACUACAAAUAAAAACCAUAAAUAGCUAGGAAAAUAAUACGAGUACUACUAUCUCUUCCAACUUCCCCCUCUUCUCUCUCUAAAAAUCCAUAAACUUGUAGAGAGAGAAACUCACUAGUUUGGGUUUCAAUUGACUCGAUGGGGCCAGUAAGAGGGUCAAAGAAGAAAAGAAAGAUAGAUGUUUCAGAAAAUGAAGAGUCUGGAGAUUGGUGGGUCGAGUUCUCUAAGGGUAUUAAUGGUCUUCUUCCUCCAUCACAAGGAUUGGAUAAGUUCGAGUUAGUUUUCAAGAUUUCAAGGAAGACAUUCAACUAUAUAUGCUCUCUUGUAAAAGAAGAUAUGUCUGCUAAACCAGGCCACUUUUCCUUCUCAAAUGGCAAGCCUUUAUCUCUAAAUGACCAAGUAGCAGUUGCUCUCAGAAGACUUAGCUCAGGAGAAUCCCUAAUAUCAGUUGGAGAUUUGUUUGGCUUGCACCACUCAACAGUCUCCCAAGUUACCUGGCGUUUUGUGGAGUCUAUGGAGAAGAGAGGACUUCACCACCUUCAGUGGCCUGCCUCUGAUGAAGAAAUGACAAAUAUAAAGGCGAAGUUUGAGAAAAUCCGAGGAUUCCCAAACUGUUGCGGGGCGAUUGAUACUACCCAUAUCACAAUGUGUUUGCCUUUGGCAGACCCUGCUAAUAAAGUAUGGUUUGAUCGCGAGAAAAACCAUAGCAUGCUGUUGCAGGCAAUCGUGGAUCCUGAUAUGAGGCUGCGAGACAUAGUCACUGGAUGGCCUGGAAAACUAAGUGAUUCUGUAGUGCUUAAAAGCUCAAAUUUCUUCAAACUAUGUGAGCAGGGAAAACGGUUAAAUGGAAAAUCAGUACUUCUUUCUGAAGAAUCAGAAAUAAGAGAAUACAUAAUAGGAGACUCGGGAUUUCCCUUGUUACCAUGGCUAGUCACACCUUACAAAGGCAAAGGUCUUUCAGAGACUCAGACAGACUUUAAUAAGCGGCAUUUCGCAACAAGAAUGGUGGCAAGGAGAGCAUUGGCUAGAUUGAAGGAGAUGUGGAAGAUAAUACAUGGAGCUAUGUGGAGACCUGAUAAGCAUAGGUUACCAAGGAUCAUACUUGUUUGCUGCCUCCUUCACAACAUCGUAAUUGACUUAGAAGAUGAAGUACAGGACGAGAUCUCAUUGUCACAUUGCCAUGAUGAGAGUUAUCGACAACAAACAUGUGAAUCUGCCGACUUGACUGCUUCCAACAUGAGAGAGAAACUCUCCCUCUACUUGUCUGGAAGCUUGCCGUAGUAACAAAAUUUCACCGGAGUUCAAUGCUUUGCUCAACAGUACAUUGCAAUUUAGUUACUCAGGGAUCAUUUAAUACCUUUUCUUUCUUCUAACAUUCGAUUUGAGCUUGUAAAUACAAGUAAGAUUUUUGGAUACUAUAUUGUUGUACACUGGCAACUGGACCAUUGUACGCCAUAACAGGAAUUAAUUUUGGCCUUUUCAGACA